CACAAGGCUCGCAUCUGCCAAAACAGCUACUGCUGAGAAGAAGCCUGGUGUGGGAGCUGCAAGAAGGCCUGCUUCGGCUACAACAGCUGCUGCCAAGAAAACAACAACAGGUGCAGCUUCAGCCUCAGCACCUGCCACAAAAACAGCUGCAGCUAGGAAGGUGGGUACCACAGGUGCUGCAGGAAAAGCAGACACCAAAGCAACACCAAGGGCACAGUCCGCAGCCGCAGCCAAGUCAGCUGCAGAGAAGAAGACACCAGCUACACCUGCGAGGGCAAAGUCUGCACCCGUAGCAGGUGCUGCAAAGGCAACCCCAAAAGCUGGGGCCAAGGCACCUGCCGACAAGACCGAAGGCUCCAGCAACACCUGCAGCCAAGGACGCAGUCAUGAAGAAUAAGGUCAAGACUCCCAGUGGGAAGGGAGCACCGACACCAGGCAGGACUCCAGGAAGAGCCAUGCAGCCCUUUGAGCAGUACAUCAGUAGAGAGGCUGUGGCAGAGGGGUUGAAGAAAGGAGACUUCAUUAAGGGUGCCUUGAGAAUUAAUGCCAGGAACUUUGAAGAUGCCUACGUUCCUGCUCCAGAUGGAAUGUCAGAUCUGUGCAUCCCUGGUCUCCAUGCCCGUAACAGAGCCCUGAACGGGGACAUUGUGGUACUAAAGGUGCUGCCUAGGUCUGAGUGGAGGGUGUUACAACAGGAAUAUGACCUGUUCAAAAGUCUAAAGACAGCUGCAACAGCUGAAGGUGCUAGUCCAGUCACACAGCUGACAGAAGGCAUGAAGCAGUUAGCACUCCACACACCUGAACCUGCAGGUGCCCGGGCAGCUGCAGACACCACCGCUGGACCUCAGUCUCCACUUACAGAAGGCAGCGGGGACGCCGCUUCUUCCAGUGGUACUGCUGAGUCCACCAAGGAGAGCGGCUCCUCAAAGUCAUCGGAAAAAGGACCCGAAGAGAAGAACGAUAGAAAAAAGAAAGACGCUGUUGGGAAGGAGAAAAGUGCAGGGGCGAAAACUCCCACCAGAGGAGCGGCGGCGAAGGGUGCAGGAGCGAGGACUCCCGCUAGAACUCCGGAUAGACAGGCUGGGAGAUUGAAACCUGGGGAACAAACAACACCUAAAGGGAGACAACCUCCCAAACCAGGGUCUGCUAAAAAGACACCCAAGCCAGCAGAGAAACCAGGUAUCGACCCCACCACAGUUCCUGAACAAUUCCUGCAGAAAACUGCCAAGGUAGUUUACAUCUACGAGAAGAAACAUUCCAGAGCCUGUACAGGCCACCUGAAGAAACUGGAUGACAAGGACAAGGAGAAGGUGCUGUUUUCCCCCAUGGACCACCGUCUGCCCAGGUUAAAGGUCCCGCUGGAGGACUGUCCUCCGAGGUUCAAGGAACGACCAGACGACCACGCCAAAUUCCUCUUCAUCGCCAGAAUAACAGACUGGAAGGAAGACUCCGGCUUUGCCGAAGCGAGGUUAGCAAAGAGCCUUGGAGAAGCUGGACAGAUAGAGCCUGAGACAGAAGGGUUACUGGUGGAGAAUGGAGUGGACUUCUCAGAGUUCAGCGAAGUGGUUCUACAGUGCCUGCCUCAAGAUUUACCAUGGUCCAUUCCAGCUGAGGAGUUUGAGAACAGGAGGGACCUGAGACUGGACUGUAUCUUCACUAUUGACCCUGCCACAGCCAGGGACCUGGACGACGCUGUGUCCUGUAACAAACUUGACGACGGUACGUACGAGGUGGGAGUUCACAUAGCAGAUGUGAGUUACUUCAUCCAGGAGAACACAGCCCUGGACCUGACAGCAGCGUGCAGGGCUACCAGUGUGUACCUGGUACAGAAGGUGAUUCCCAUGCUGCCCCGUCUACUUUGUGAACAGCUAUGCAGCCUGAACCCUGCAGAGGAGCGUUUGGCGUUCUCUGUGAUCUGGAAGUUGACAGAGACAGGAGACGUGCUGGAUGAGUGGUUCGGCCGGACCAUUAUUCGUUCCUGUGUGAAACUGAGCUAUGACCACGCCCAGAGUAUCAUCGACCAUCCUGACCAGCCCCCUACACAGGACCAGCUGCCUCCCAUCUCUGAUGGACACUCUAUACAGGAGGUGGCAGACAGGGUUCUCAACUUGUACAAGAUCUCUCAGAACCUGAGGAAGAAGAGAUUUGAUGGUGGAGCUCUGAGGUUGGAUCAGCCCAAACUGGCCUUCUCCCUGGACUCUGAAUCAGGACUGCCCAACGGCUGCUCUGUGUACCAGAUCAAAGACAGCAACAGACUGAUAGAAGAGUUCAUGCUGCUGGCCAACAUGGCGGUGGCUCACAAGAUCCACCAAGCAUUCCCAGAGCGAGCGGUCCUGCGCCGCCACCCCCCUCCCCAGCCCAAGAUGGUGGAGGACCUGGUGAAGACCUGCGGUACCAUGGGGAUCAACCUGGACGUCAGCAGCUCUGGGGCGCUGCAUCAAUCCAUUGCUCGAUACAUUGGAGAUGAUAUGGAGACUCAGGCCACUUUCUACAUCCUGACUGCCAUGGCAUCCAAACCUAUGCAGCUUGCGAAGUACUUCUGCAGUGGCUGUGUCCCAGAAGAGGGUCUGUACCGUCACUAUGCCCUGAACGUGCCUCUGUACACACACUUCACCUCACCCAUCAGGAGAUACGCUGAUGUACUGGUACACAGGCUGCUAGGGGCAUGUCUGGGUUGUGCUCCAGCCGUGGAGAAGUCUGCUGAGGAGUUACAGGGUAUGACAGACCACUGCAACGACAGGAAGGAUGCCUCCAAAAGGGUUCAGGAGGCCAGUGCAGACAUGUUCUUUGCCUCUUUUGUCAAGGAGUGUGGUCCCCUGGAGGAGGAUGGAAUGGUGAUGGGGGUACUGGACCAGGCAGUGGACGUACUGGUGUGGAGACUGGGAGUCGUCAAAAGGGCGUACUGCAACGCCAUCCCCUUGAAGAGCUAUGACUUUGAGAAGGUCAACGGUCGUCCCCAGUUGACCUUGACCUGGGCAGAAGACCCAGAACACCCCGAGCCGGCCACACAGGUCCUGACGUACUUCAGUAGAGUACAGGUCACCCUCAGUGCCGGCGAUCAACCUCUCAAGUACAACGCUUUGCUCAAGAGGCCUUAGACAACCAGGCCAGCAGGCAUCAUGGGAAAUGUGAACAGGUAGUCCGCCAUCUUGACAGAAAAAAUUCAUGCCACAAUUUUUUUUCAUGGGAUGGAAUGUGGUAUGCUCCUUGGUUUUUACAGAUUGAAGAAAAAAUAAUCAACUUGAAAAAUAAAAAAAUAGCAGCAAAACUAUGGUAUUGUCAAAGAGUACCUAACAAAUGUAGAACUAAGAGGUUUUUCCUACUAUAGAAAUUGUUUGCUGUUGGAAGAAAUACAUUGCUACAAUGAUAUAUAAUAGAUGUGUACUGACUUUUCUCGAAGAGACUUGAAUAUUUGCGACAUUUCCUAGGAAUGAUAAUUGUACUAGCAGUUUAAGCAGAAGUGAAUUGAAUAUCUAACUUUAUUCUAAGUAGCUGAAAUCUGUCUUUGAUACUCUGAAACUAUUAUAAUACUCUGAGAAACAAGGAGGAGAACAUUGUGAGCAAAUGCACUGUAGUGAAGUAGAAAAAGGUUUGACAGAAUUAUCCAAUGGUACUUACUGUUUGGCCAAAUAUUUCUGGCAACAAGGCACUAUAUCUGUAUUAACUGGUUUGUUUUUUGUUAUCGCUUAUAUAAUAGAGGAAUUUUGUAUUUCAAGAAAAUUGUGUCUUUGGUCAGAUUGGGGCAAUUUAAGAAGAAUUAAGGCAGCUGCACUAACACCUAACACUGCACCUACAGUUACAAAGAAUCGUAGGCUGGAUGUUAUGGCUGUAGUGGUAUUGGAUAUAACCUUGUACAAGAGUGCCAUAUGCUUUAUUUGCUCGUUUUCUUGGUGCUAUAUAGAGUUCAACUAACACUAGCAGUUGUGAAUGAUUAAAUUACACGCAUGUUGCACUGAUUCCAUAAUAUUUUGUAGGGUUUAACCAUGAGUGCUGUCAUACAUCAUGUAGAGCUGGUGUGAUUGUAAUUUUGGACUAAGCUGCAGUCACUGUUGUUUGAUACCUAGACGCUUGUCGCAAUUUGCUUCGAAAGAUUUUGCUGUCAAGCACUUUGUCUAAUAAUGAGCUUUUCCAUGUCUUCAUAUUGUGGUUGUGUGUGGAAAGUGUUUCUAAAUUUUUUCAUUAACGCCAAAGGUUUGCAAUGGAAUGAAACCAGAAAAUAUCCAUCGAAAUGGGUCAUCAAAAUAGUCUGAAGUUGUCUGUGUCUGAUGGAGUUUUCUGUAAGAAUGCACCUUCUUGUCAUGGGUAUAGUUUCAUUUUAUGCCACAUUGCAGUUUGUGCUAAAAUCAAUGCAUCACCACGUUAGUAUUUUCACUAUGAUGUUGCUAUAGCAAGCUUAACAUUUGUUGCAAAAGACACUUGUUUUGAGUACCGUGUAAAAUUUUCAGUGUGUGUUGAUCAAAUUAACAGCUUAAAAUAUCUGUGCUGAAGCAUUUAUGCAUGUAUGCUGCAUUUCAAACAUUUUAUUUUUCAAUCACAACAUUUGAGUGAAUCGUUGCUAUCAAAAAUAAUUUUUCUUUCUAAUGCCGUUUGGAUAGUUACUAUACACCAGACAAAAAGGAUUUCUAACCAUGCCUAAUAGAUACUUGAAUAUCUCUAAUGUUUGAUAUGAUGAUUGUCCAGCCUACAAUGUAGUGAUUUAUUUUUGCUAACUUACCAGCUGCCUUGGUCAUCCCUUUGCUGCUCACCUCUGAUAUAUCAAUGUGCCAAGUGUGGAAGUUUUUGGAAGCAAAUUUGUGGAAUUUGGAACAGCAAAAAUUGUAGCUGUCAUUACUUGUGGGUGAAUUUGAACGUGUACUCUUUGGAGAGACAGACAAGAAAAUGGAAUAAAAGAUGCAGAUUUGCUGAUUAGUAA